CCGCCUCUAGUGCACAUGUCUAACUGUCACCAUCCAUACUAUUGCUAUUUAUGUUGAUGGUGAUGCUGAUGCGCGAUUUUCCGUAAUUUUAAGUUAUUUAAGUGUUUUUUAACAAUGGAGGUGCUAGUGGCUAACGUGGAUCAUAUUAAGUUUGACAUAGAUUAUGCAUUAGAAGAGCAAUAUGGGGCGCUACCUUUGCCCUUUCCUGGAAUGGACAAAUCCACGGCAGCAGUAUGCGAAUUCUUCAGCCAGCCUCAGGGCUGCGGCAACGGGCCACAAUGCCCGUAUAGACACGUCCGUGGUGACCGCACAGUUGUUUGCAAGCAUUGGCUGCGAGGUCUUUGCAAAAAAGGCGACCAAUGUGAAUUUCUUCAUGAAUAUGACAUGUCUAAAAUGCCUGAAUGCUACUUCUAUGCUCGAUUCCAUGCAUGUCAUAACAAGGAAUGCCCUUUUUUGCACAUAGACCCUGAAAGCAAGAUUAAAGAUUGUCCUUGGUAUGACCGUGGUUUCUGCAGGCAUGGUCCUCAUUGCCGACAUAGACAUGUUCGUCGUGUUCUCUGCAUCAACUACCUUGCAGGAUUCUGUCCUGAAGGGCGCAGCUGCAAGUUCAUGCAUCCACGUUUUGAACUGCCUGCACCACCUGAGCAGACGAAGGAUGCCAAACGACUGCCUAUAUGUCAUUAUUGCUCUGAAGUAGGCCAUAAGGCUACUACUUGCAAUAAAAUUCCACAAGAGCAAAGAGAAGCAGCUCAAAAACAAGAAGAGGCACGUUACAGAGCCCUUGGUUAUGUGAAACCAGUCAACGAACAUGAUGAUGGAGGCAUGCAAAACAACCCUAUGCAAAGAUUACCACGAGCAAUCCAUAAACCUCUGGAAGAAGUGACAUGCUUCAAAUGCGGGACCAAAGGACACUAUGCAAACAAAUGUCCUAAGGGACAUCUGGCGUUCUUAUCAAGUCAGAACCAAAACAACAAUAACUUCAAAAAACCUAACUAAUAUAGAUAUGGUACACCAACCCGACUUCUCCCAUUAAAUAAAUGGCGGUACAUAAGACCUGAAUAUUUUGGUGCAAGACUUGUUUGAAAGUUUUUCACACUAAGUGAAAUUACUCUAAAAAAAUUUAUUGGAUUGUGUUCUAAUUAAUGCAUGUACAGAACUGUAAUUAGGCGUGUAAUGUUUUCCCCAUGUAAUCAUUCCC